GCUACCAAACUACCUAAGUCACGUUCUUCGUUUUGACUUAAAAUGUAAUGGGCUCAUAUCUUCACUUCCUUACUUGAUCAUGUGUCUACUGACUUUUGCAUUUUCCUGGGCUGCAGACUACAUCAACGCCAGACGUAUCCUGCCACUCAGCGCAUCUAGGAAGAUAUGGAACAGCUUAGCUCACUGCGGAGGUGCGGCUGCUCUUGUGGGAAUGUCGUUCAUCUCCAGCAGUGUCACUGGAGCUGUAGUUCUUCUCACCACAUCGGUGUCCCUAGGAGCUGGCAUCUAUAUGGGGUACCUGGCAACCACCCUUGAUCUUUCCCCAAACUUCUCAGGUGUUCUUAUGGGUAUCGUCAACUGUCUGGGCAACAUUUCAUCUUUCCUCGCUCCGAUGGUUACUGGUUUCAUAGUCAAAGACGAGGCCAGUAGAGACGAGUGGAUGAUUGCUUUUUACAUCUCCGCAGGUAUAUUCUUCGUUGGAAACUUGAUCUUUAUAGUAUUCGGAUCUUCUGAUGUUCAGCCCUGGAACAAUCCUCUUCAUGUAAAAAACAUAAUGAGAGCAUCCAUAAUUAAAAUGUAG